AUGGCGGAUGCUCAGACAUUCAUCAGUGGAGCGGAUGGUAAUGAAGUUUUUCAGGCCAAGUAUAUUCCCAAACAAAAAGGCCCUCUGACUUCAGCCCAUCCGAGCAUGAAGGCAUAUAUCUCAACUUAUCCACCUUUGGGCCAACUGACGACCAUACCCGACCUGAAAGAAGCGGAUAAGAGUACAAAAGUCAUUACGGCUUUGCUGGAGGUUAACGAAAGCCGUGCCUCUGAACCAUGGGAACUCAUACUUUUGUUUAGUAACGGAGAUCAAGGGGUAGAGUCUACGCAUGGUUACGCAGGUUACUGGCUAGAGUCUUUAAUGGAACCCAUAGAGAAGACAAGUUACCUACCAACAAUUCUGCAAACUGUUGCGCCUUUAGGACUCGAUCGGUUAUACUUCAAAGCAUCUCUGCCCUCUGGUCUCCCAACAAAGUUCACUGUGAAAUUCCGAAGCAACUCUAAUCAAUCUUGGAUUCUCGUGAAAGACCACCAGGGAACGCUAGAUGGGACAAUUAUUUUGAGAACGGUCACCGCUCAGGAAGAUAUCUCAAGUAGCUUAUCCAGAUAUGUUGAGAAUCUGAAUCCGGCACUAGAGGUUGAAAACAACCGAACCCAAUCUCCUGGUACCACUCUUUGGUCAGUACAAGUGCCUAUUGAGGGAGCCGUCGGGAAAGAGUCUACUAUAAAAGACAUAAAAUUUGGGCUUCCUUGGGGUCAAGAUAAAUUGGCAAGAUGGUUUGCUCUCAUUCGUAUUUGGACUCCCUGGUUGGCUCCCCGACAUGGAAAGACUCGUUUUGACCUUGACAAGGAGGCCGUAACCUGCUCUUUCCUAAGCUCAGAGGGGAAGCACAUUGUUUUACUAGCUAUCAGCGGGAUAGACGACGUUAUGACACUGUUCAAGAGUGACGAUAAUGGCAGAGUAGUAUUAGCAGUUCGAAGUGACAAUCCUCAAGAGUCUGUUGCUCGUGUCCUCGUUGGGCUUGGAGACGACUAUGAGUCAGCCAACGCGGCUGUAAUGUACCAUGCUAGAGAGAUCGUUGCAACUCUCGAGAGUGCAUCUGGCGAAACACAAAAGGAGAUCGAGGCUCUCAAAGAAGGGGAUGAGAAGACAAAGGUUUGGGUAGAGAAUUGGUGUGAUGGCUUGACGUAUUGUACAUGGAAUGCACUUGGGCAACGAUUAACGGAAGACAAGAUACUCAAAGCAGUUGAAAUCCUGGCAGAUAAUAAAAUUAACGUCACAAACUUCAUCAUUGACGAUAAUUGGCAAGCCAUCGACUACAAGGGACAUGGUCAAUUUCAACAUGGUUGGGUCGAGUUUGAGGCAGACAGAACGGCAUUUCCUAAUGGCUUGAAGCACACUAUAUCUCUCAUACGACAGAAGCAGCCUAGUAUCCAGCACGUAGCUGUAUGGCACGCAAUUCUGGGCUAUUGGGGUGGCCUUGCCCCUGACGGUAAGAUUGCCGAGGCGUAUAAGACAAUUGAAGUCAUUCGCCGAGAUUCUCUAAGACGAAAUUUACCUUUGGGUGGCAAAAUGACAGUAGUAGCCAAAGAAGAUGUACAGAAGUUCUAUGACGACUUUUAUUCAUUCCUUUCAUCCUGUGGAGUUGAUGCUGUUAAGACCGACGCCCAAUUUAUGCUUGAUCUCUUCGAGUCAGCCGAAGAUCGUAGUGAUCUGAUAUCAGCAUAUCAGGAUGCGUGGACCCUUUCAACUCUUCGACAUUUCAGUGUCAAAGCAAUUUCUUGCAUGUCACAAAUCCCGCAAAUCCUCUUUCAUUCUCAGUUGCCUCAAAAUCGACCUCCAAUACUCGUACGGAACUCUGAUGACUUUUUUCCAGAGAUUCCCACGAGUCACCCAUGGCAUGUCUUUACCAACGCCCACAAUGCUUUGCUUACACAACAUCUUAACCUGAUCCCAGAUUGGGAUAUGUUUCAGACAGUUCAUGACUAUUCCGGCUUCCAUGCAGCUGCGAGGUGCGUUAGUGGCGGUCCAAUCUACAUAACGGACGUUCCUGGUCAACAUGAUCUUGAUCUUAUCAAUCAGAUGACGGGCCCCACUCCUCGGGGUAAAACUAUCAUUUUUAGACCCAGUGUCGUUGGCAAGAGUCUUGAUCAGUAUAAUGGAUACGACGAUGACCACAUACUCCCAAUUGGGACAUACCAUGGCUCUGCGUACACAGGAACUGGGAUAAUCGGCUUCUUCAACGUAUCUCAAAGACCACUUAGUGAAUUGGUGCCAUUGUCCAAAUUCCCUGGUGUUGAGGAGGCACAAUUUUAUGUUAUCCGUGCCCAUUCCAGUGGGGCUAUCUCUAAGCCUAUGCAAGUUGUGGACCCUCAUGCUUUGAUAUACGUUUCUCUCGCUGUUAGAGGCUUCGAUAUUCUGUCAGCUUAUCCAUUGCGCGGAUUUAUUGACCAAGAAAAAGACGAUGACGUCACAUGGAUUGCUAACUUGGGUCUCCUGGAGAAAAUGGCUGGAGCCGCAGCUAUUCUCGAUAGUAAAAUAACGAAAUCAGAGAACGGCAAGAUUAUGAUAAGCACAAAUGUAAAAGCUCUUGGAACUCUUGGGAUCUAUAUCUCGACGCUCCCCGAAAUGUCAUACCAAGACAGCUUGCUAGUCACCAUCCUUGGAAAGGUUCUCCCAACUCACACAGUUACCGUUAGCACAGUUGAUCCCCAUGUUCUCGAAAUUGACACAUUGGCGGCAUGGAAGGAACUUGAGCUCUCAAGUGGAUGGAGUAAUGAGGUGGAGGUGAAGAUAUACAUCAACCCUGUUGCAUGA